CGAACGCCAUUUUUGUCUGCCGUUCAAGAUUCGACCGUUCCGUAAGGCAAGCUCGCCAGCAGCAUCGGUAAAACUAGAGAAGGAGAGAGUGAGUGUGUGCGCGCGACCUAGAAUCGCAAAAGAGUUCCAUUUUGUAGAGCAGCCAGCAGCAGCAAAAAGAGUCGCGGUUGCCCAUUGUCCGCGCGAGGAGGCCGCGACGACGAAAAAUCCGCAAACGUCAUCUUCGCUGCUCCAACACACACCCCAAUCCGACAUCGUCGUCGUCGUCGUCGUGCUCCACGUACACGGCGAGAACGUGAGCGGAGGAGGAGGAGGCGCCACCCCACCGUGUUAAGUGGAAGUGGCCAAAUCAGCACAAAGCAAAAAGAGAGGUUCCCCGGAAGUGGCGGAAAGUGAACGUCGAAGCGCAUUGUGAAGAAGAACAAAUAAGCUCCCUGCCGGACAGUUCAGCGUUGGCCACGAGAGUCAGCGAAAACGCAAGAGAGAGAGAGAGUGCUAAUCUAGCCCAGCAACGAUCCAGCAAACCGACAACCUCUUCCUAACCAGAAGACGAAGCGUACUUUGCGCGCAACCAACAAGCAAGCCCAAAGUGCAAACCUUGGACUUGGUUGAGGUGCGCAAGAGGCUUCCACACUUUUUCGCUGAUGAAGAUUCUCUACCAGCAUGAAUGCAUUGGGGGGAACUAGGGGGGAGCGAAAUGCAAAGCCCAAAUUCGCAGCGUUAGACAUCAACAAGCUCUACAGCACCAGUCGGGGAGAAUCUCUUGAACCAUCCACUCAGAAAAGCGCCGCUCCUCGUAAACAUGGAAUGCAAAGUUUGGGAAAGGUUCCCUCGGCUCGUCGCCCGCCCGCAAACCUGCCGUCUCUGAAGGCCGAAAUUUCGUCACCGUCGGAUCCGCAGGGCACCUGGGCAAACGAGUCAGGAGACAACCAGAACAACAACCAACAGCAAAGCAACAACAGCAGCAACAACAACUCUAGUAUUACCGCAGCGGUGACGCCAGGUGGCGGCGGCAGCACAAACAACAACAGCAACUCUAUAGCUUCUUCUUCACACCACCACCACCAACACCACCAGCAGCAGCAGCAGCAGCAGCAUCAGAGCCAGCAUCUUCAUCAUCAUCACCAGCAGCAGCAUCAUCCCCACUCGAACGCUUCUUCCUCAUCACAAUGGAGUUCGGUAACUUAUGCGUUGGUGAAGCUGAUAGCCGCAACUGAUGAGAACGUGGCGCGAUACAAACAAACCAUGAAACAGCAGAGAACAGUCUUCAAGCUCAAGAAGCGCCAGCUGGACGACUGCGAUCGCCCCGAAAUGGAGCAGCUGUUCUGA